CUCGAGUACGCCAGCCGGCAGGAGACAUAAGGGAGGUUAAUAGAUGUAAGAGGGAGCAGGCCGGUGGUUGGAGGUUUGUCAAUUGAUAAGCGAGGUGCUCCAACGCUCUUCCUCAGGGGGAACCCGGCUCAUCCAGUGGUGAGCGUGCAGACACCGGAAGAGUGUUACAAGUUACAGCAAAAUCCUAUUUUUCUUCCUAUGGAUCACUAAAUAAGAAGGAGAUGGUUUUACCUCGUCUCACAGGAGCGCUGCGCUCCUUUUCAAAUGUCACCAGGCAAGAUGAUUACAGGGGGGACUCAACUGACUUGAUGAACAAGAGAUUGAAGUUGCGUGAACAACUUUUGGAGUCUGACCUUACUUGGAAGAAAAUAAGUCAAUCUGUCACUGACAUUGUGGACAAGGAGUAUGAAGCAAUAAACGAGGGUCUAAAAGAAAUAUUACAGGCUGCAAAACAGAUCGUUGGGACUGACCAUGGACAGGAGGCAAUUGAAUGUGGGUCUGUGUUUCUCUUCAAGACCUUCUACGGUAAAGAAAAUGUCAGCUAUGAUGAAACUAAGGCCAUCAAAAAUAUGUUUGGUCCAUUUCCAUCAACAUGUGCAACAGCAGCCUGUAAUGCCACAUGUAAAAUUUUGUCACUGUUGACUGAUGAACAGCUUAAGAAACUUGCACUGCUCUUUCAAGAAAACUAUGUUGAAGAAAUCAUGUCAUUUGGGAAAAAUGUGAAAUUCUCUCUUGAAAUGUAUGAACUAGAAGAGACUGAAGGCAUUCCAUUAGAUGGCAGCAUCGAAACAGACGAUAAUAUCAGUUUAGACUUCUUGAAAUUUCAGAAGAACCACAAAGAACAUUCUCAAGGCACACCCGCUACCUGUGCGAGACAAAAAGCCAGUGGCAAUGACGAUGGAGGCUCUUUACUGUAUGACGAAUUGGAGCAAUAUGUUUUUCAUAGUUUACAAAGUCAUACAGGAGGACCCACAGUGGUAGACUUGUGCAGCACUAUAUUUCAGAUGCUGGAGUCUCCCAAAACCAAUGAUGAGCUUCAGAAUGAGUUAUUUGAACUACUUGGACCUGAUGGAUUAACAGCCAUAGAAGUGCUUUUACAACAGAGGCAAAAAAUUGUGGCAAACUUCCCUGGUUGGAUAUCUGAUAACAAUAUGUGCUCUUUACAAGAUGAUUUUAAACGCAAUGCUGGGGAAAUUAUGAAACCUAACUAUGGCUGUCAAGUCACUGUCCAGUCUGAGCAGGAAAAGCAGUUAAUGAAACAGUUUCGUCGAGAAGAAAAACGGAAUGCCAAGCGAGAAAAACGAGUAGGCGAGGAUGGAGAGAUUUCUGGAGAAGGACUAAUAGGCUUUGAUCCCAAGGAACUGCGGAUGCAAAGAGAACAGGCCCUUUCAAGUGCUCGAAUCAUGCCAAUUUUGGGUAGAGAAAGAGACUAUGGUGAAAGAUAUACAUAUCCGAAUGUUUAUGACUCGCAUGCAGAAGCCAUGAAAACAUCUGCAUUUAUUGGUGGUGCAAAGCUACUUCUGCCAGAAGGUAUACAGAGAGAAAACAACAAAAUGUAUGAAGAAGUUAAGAUCCCUGUUACCGAGCCGCCUGUUGGCUUUGAGGAGAAGCCAGUUUUUAUUAAAGAUUUGGAUGAGAUAGGACAGCUUGUCUUCAAGGGAGUGAAGCGUCUGAACCGUAUCCAGUCCAUCGUUUUUGAGACGGCCUACAACACCAAUGAGAACAUGCUCAUCUGUGCCCCAACUGGAGCUGGCAAAACGAACAUUGCCAUGCUAACAGUCUUGCAUGAAAUUCGCCAGAAUAUUGAACAAGGUGUCAUUAAAAAGGAUGCAUUUAAGAUUGUAUAUGUAGCUCCUAUGAAGGCCCUGGCAGCAGAGAUGACAAAUUACUUCAGCAAGCGUCUAGAGCCACUGGGUGUCACAGUGAAAGAGCUGACUGGUGAUAUGCAGUUGUCAAAAGGUGAAAUUUUACGAACCCAGAUGCUAGUGACUACACCAGAGAAAUGGGAUGUUGUUACUAGAAAGAGUGUUGGAGAUGUGGCACUUUCCCAGCUUGUGAGACUACUGAUACUAGAUGAGGUACAUUUGCUACAUGAAGACAGAGGUCCGGUCUUGGAAAGUUUAGUGGCACGGACAUUACGACAGGUGGAAUCAACACAGAGUAUGAUUAGAAUCUUGGGCCUAUCAGCUACUCUUCCUAACUACCUAGAUGUGGCUUCAUUUCUUCAUGUCAAUCCUUUUAUUGGCCUUUUCUACUUUGAUGGACGAUUCCGACCUGUUCCUCUUGGACAGACAUUUAUUGGAAUAAAGUCAACCAACAAGACUCAACAACUUCAUGAUAUGGAAGAGGUCUGUUAUGAGAAUGUACUUAGAGAGGUCAAAGCUGGGAGACAGGUGAUGGUUUUUGUUCAUGCCAGAAAUUCCACUGUGCGGACAGCAAUGGCCUUGAGAGAGUUAGCAAAAAACAAUGGCCACAUUUUAUAUUUCUUGCCAAACCAAGGAUCUGAUUAUGGUCAUGCUGAAAAGCAGGUGCAAAGGUCUAGAAAUAAGCAGCUAAGAGAGUUGUUUCCAGAUGGAUUUAGUAUUCAUCAUGCAGGCAUGCUGCGGCAAGAUAGGAGUAUGGUGGAGAACCUUUUUUCUCAGGGACAUAUCAAAGUCCUGGUUUGUACAGCCACAUUAGCCUGGGGUGUCAAUCUCCCUGCUCAUGCUGUUAUCAUUAAGGGAACACAAAUAUAUGAUGCAAAAAGAGGAUCAUUUGUAGAUCUGGGAAUUCUUGAUGUAAUGCAGAUCUUUGGGAGAGCAGGACGUCCCCAGUUUGACAAGUUUGGGAAAGGCACCAUCAUUACAACGCAUGACAAACUCAGCCAUUAUCUGACUCUGCUCACACAGCAAAAUCCAAUUGAAAGUCAGUUUCUUGAACGUCUUUCAGACAAUUUGAAUGCUGAGAUUGCCCUUGGAACAGUUACCAAUGUGGAGGAAGCUGUAAAGUGGCUGAGUUACACUUAUCUUUUUGUACGGAUGAGAGCAAACCCAUUAGUAUACGGCAUCAGUCACAAGGUGUUGCAGAUGGAUCCUUUACUCGAGAAGCACAGAGAACAGUUGGUAAUUGAAGUGGGAAGAAAGCUGGACAAAGCCCGCAUGAUUCGCUUUGAAGAGAGAACCGGAUUCUUUUCGUCUACAGAUUUGGGCAGAACUUCUAGCCACUUCUACAUUAAAUAUAAUACAAUUGAGACGUUCAAUGAAUUAUUUGAUGCCCACAAAACAGAAGGAGAUAUUUUUGCUAUAGUCUCUAAAGCUGAAGAAUUUGAGCAGAUCAAGGUUCGAGAAGAAGAGAGCGAAGAAUUAGAACACUUAAUCAACAAUUACUGUGAACUUCCUGUUGCUGGUGGAGUGGAAAAUGGAUAUGGGAAAAUAAAUAUUCUUCUUCAGACAUAUAUUGGCCGAGGAGAAAUGGACAAUUUUUCUCUUAUCUCUGAUUCUGCAUACGUUGCACAGAAUGCAGCUCGAAUUGUGCGAGCUCUUUUUGAGAUAGCCCUCAGAAAGAGAUGGCCCGCCAUGACUUACAGACUUCUCAACCUCAGCAAAGUCAUCGAUAAGCGUCUGUGGGGAUGGGCCAGUCCAUUGAGGCAGUUCUCAGUUCUUCCUCCUUCUGUGCUAUCAAAACUAGAAGAUAAGAAGCUUACUGUUGAUAAACUGAAAGAUAUGCGGAAAGAUGAGAUUGGUCACAUGUUGCAUCAUGUGAACAUUGGGCUAAAGGUGAAACAGUGCGUCCAUCAAAUCCCAUCCAUUACAAUGGAAGCCGCUAUCCAACCAAUUACACGCACAGUUCUUAGAGUUCGGUUGAACAUCAAUCCUGAUUUCAAAUGGAGUGAUCAGGUGCAUGGAACUGUUGGAGAACCCUGGUGGAUUUGGGUUGAAGAUCCUACUAAUGACCACAUCUAUCAUUCAGAAUACUUUAUGCUUCAAAAGAAACAGGUUGUCACAAAAGAACAGCAACUUCUGGUGUUUACAAUACCCAUCUUUGAACCAUUACCUUCCCAAUACUAUAUCAGAGCUGUGUCUGACCGAUGGUUAGGAGCUGAAGCUGUCUGCAUAAUAAAUUUUCAGCAUCUCAUUCUACCAGAAAGGCAUCCCCCACACACAGAGCUGCUGGAUCUGCAACCUUUACCAGUCACAGCUUUGGGGCAUAGAGAAUAUGAAGCGCUUUACAAGUUUACACACUUCAACCCAAUUCAGACUCAAAUCUUCCAUACCCUCUAUCACACGGAUUCAAAUGUUCUACUCGGUGCUCCAACUGGCUCUGGAAAGACCGUAGCUGCAGAGAUGGCCAUCUUUAGAGUCUUUAACAAUUAUCCAUCAUCUAAGGCAGUAUAUAUAGCCCCACUUAAAGCUCUAGUUCGUGAACGAAUGGAAGAUUGGAAAGUGAGAAUUGAAGAAAAGCUUGGUAAAAAAGUGGUAGAGCUGACAGGAGACGUCACUCCGGAUAUGAGGGCCAUUGCUGAAGCUGACCUCAUCGUCACUACCCCAGAGAAGUGGGAUGGCAUUAGCAGGAGCUGGCAAAACAGGAGCUAUGUACAAAAGGUCUCCAUUCUAAUUAUUGAUGAAAUUCAUUUGCUUGGUGAUGAGAGAGGACCAGUACUUGAAGUUAUUGUAUCCCGGACAAAUUUCAUUUCCUCGCACACAGAGAGGACGGUGCGAGUUGUUGGUUUAUCAACAGCUCUGGCAAAUGCUAGAGACCUUGCAGAUUGGUUGGGCAUUGGACAGAUGGGUCUAUUUAACUUUCGGCCAUCUGUGAGACCAGUUCCUUUGGAAGUCCACAUUCAGGGCUUCCCUGGACAACACUACUGUCCUCGUAUGGCCAGUAUGAACAAGCCUACAUUUCAGGCUAUAAGAAGCCAUUCACCAGCAAAGCCUGUACUCAUCUUUGUGUCAUCAAGACGUCAAACUCGUCUCACUGCUAUUGAUUUGAUUGCAUUCUUAGCAACUGAAAAUGACCCCAAACAGUGGCUAAAUAUGGAUGAAAGAGAGAUGGAUGACAUUAUUGGAACUGUAAGGGAUUCCAACCUGAAGCUCACACUUGCAUUUGGCAUUGGAAUGCACCAUGCUGGCUUACAUGAAAGGGAUCGAAAGACAGUAGAAGAGCUUUUUGUUAACUGCAAAAUUCAGGUUCUUAUUGCAACCAGUACUUUGGCAUGGGGUGUUAAUUUCCCUGCUCACCUAGUUGUUGUCAAGGGAACAGAAUUUUAUGAUGGAAAAACAAGGAGAUAUGUGGAUUAUCCCAUCACAGAUGUACUUCAGAUGAUGGGUCGGGCUGGGAGGCCUCAGUUUGAUGACCAAGGCAAAGCUGUGAUUCUAGUUCAUGAUAUAAAGAAAGAUUUCUACAAAAAGUUUCUUUAUGAACCUUUCCCAGUGGAAUCUAGCUUGCUGGAGGUACUGUCUGAUCAUUUAAAUGCAGAAAUAGCAGCUGGAACCAUCGCAUCCAAGCAAGAUGCCAUGGACUAUAUCACAUGGACUUACUUCUUCCGUCGCCUCGUGAUGAACCCCAGCUACUACAAUUUAGAAGAUGUUGGACAUGAAACGAUGAAUAAGUUCCUUUCUAAUCUGGUUGAGAAAUCACUCAUUGACCUGGAAUGCUCAUACUGCAUAGAGAUUGGUGAGGAUAACCGUGGUAUUGAGCCACAAACUUAUGGACGCAUUUCCUCUUAUUACUAUCUGAAACACCAAACCGUUCGGAUGUUCAGGGACAGAUUAAAGCCAGAUUGCACUGUUGAAGACCUGCUUUCCAUUCUCACCGAUGCUGAAGAGUACACAGAUCUCCCCGUCAGACACAACGAAGACCAAAUGAACAGUGAGAUGGCAAAGCACCUUCCCAUUGAAGUGAACCCUCAUUCCAUGGACACCGGACAUACCAAAGCACACCUUCUUUUACAAGCCCAUUUCAGCAGGUCCACAUUACCUUGUCCUGACUAUGCUACUGACACCAAAACAGUACUGGAUCAAGCCAUUAGGGUUUGCCAGGCAAUGUUGGAUGUUGCAGCACACCAUGGUUCGCUAGUUACAGUUUUAAACAUAACAUACUUGGUACAAAUGGUAAUUCAAGCUCGGUGGAUACAAGAAUCCUGUUUAUUAACAGUGCCCUUCGUUGAAAAACAUCAUCUUCAUCUCUUCAGAAAAUGGACGUCCAGAAAAAGGAUUAGCAACUCUGAAGAUGUGACAGGACCUAUUGAGUGUCUUCCAGAGCUGAUAGCUGCAUGCCAAAGCAAAGCAGACAUUUUCACUUCCAUAGUAGAACGGGAACUCCAAGCCACACAUAUUUCCCAGGCAUGGAACUUUGUGUCAAAUCUUCCAGUAAUUGAUGUCCAAUUAACCAUUAAAGGUUGGUGGGAUGAUCCAAUACAAGCAGAGAAUGAGCUUCCUAUACCUAUAGUCUUUCCAGGGGUACAGGAGAAGAAAUGGCUUACAUUACAUGCUGAUCAGGAAUAUGUUCUGCAAGUAAAUCUGCACAGGAUUCGAGCCGGGUUCAAAAAGGGAAAGCAAGAUAGUAAAGCAAUUGCUCCAAAGUUCCCAAAGGCAAAGGACGAGGGAUGGUUUGUAGUCUUGGGUGAGGUGGACAAAAAAGAGCUUGUUGCACUAAAAAGAGUGGGCUACGUAAGAAACAGGAGCACAGUGUCCCUUGCAUUUUACACUCCAGAGAAUGUUGGAAGAUACAUUUACACUUUGUAUUUGAUGAGUGACAGCUACCUGGGCAUGGACCAACAGUAUGACAUAUAUCUAAACAUUAUUCCGGCCAGUGUAUCAGCCCAAGUGAACACCGAGGUCUCUGCACUGAAGUAACCUGAACUGGACACUUCUACUGCUAGAACUUUGUUGUGAAGGCAACUGGUAGUCAUUCUGAAGUAAUGGGAAGCGCUUGAUAAUUCUUUCAGAAGAGUCAAAUUUCAACCUCAACACAUGCGUGUAUUUUGACUGAAAAUGCAUUGGCCUUAUUUAUAGUUGCCUUUUGUGAGUAAUACCAUAUGUAUGAACCGUUGCUGCUUUAUUUCAAUAAAUAGCACAAUAUUAGGAAUAACCCUUGUUAUUUAUCUCUAGGGGCUAAGCAUAAUUAUGUUUACAUUAAUUUAUGUAUAAACAAAUAUUAAUGUUUGAUUUAAAAAGACUACAGAAAUUUUCUACAACAGUAAAAAUGACACAACACUUAAUAGCAACAUAUCCUACCGUUGCUAGCAAUGGAUCAUUCCUAUUCAUGUUUACAAUAAGGACAUGAAUAAAAAUAUCACAUUUCAGGAAUGUUUAGCAAAAUCGUUUUUUACAUUUAAAGAUGAAAAUGUACAAUGUUAAAAAGUUAGGUUUGAUGAAAAGGAAUCCUAGUAGUAUAUAUAUUGUUAGGGCGACUUGUGGUUUUCUUCUGCUCUGGAAUGUUUGUCUGAACAUACUGGGACUUCUAGUUCCACAACGGCUUGUGAGCCGCAGUUUCUCAAAGUCUGAUUAGAGAGAGGAUCAUAAUAUUACAGUAAUAUGUGGGUUAUACAAUUAUUGGAACCUUUCAUUCACAGUGCCUCAAUGUUUGUUAAUAAACCUGCCUUAUAUUCUCAGUGGUUUGCAGCUGAAGUAGGCAAUUUUACACAUGAUAAUCUAUUGGUCACCAAACCAAUGUAGAUUAUAGUGGAUGAUGCGUGUUUUCCAAUAGUCUGCUGUAACAGACAGUAACGAACCUCCUGCCAAUCACAAUCUUUAGAAUAAUUGUGCCCUGUGGUUAUGGAUAUGUUUUAUUAGUUAUUUAUAUCUUCAUAGGAAAAAGUGGAAACGGACGUACAGUCUAAUCUCUAUAUCAAAGUUUCCCACCUUAACAAAACACAGUAAUGUAUCGUACUUCUAAGGCAUUUACUUACACAUAAAAUGUGCAUUGUAGACACAAUUUUCCACUUACUGUGAAAUAUGGCUACUGUGUCCUCCUAAUUCUUUCUUUAGGUCUAUGCUUCGAUGAUGGAAUAAAUACAGUAUCACCUGUGUGUUGAUAAUGACAGUGGACAGCAUUUGUGUUUUGUGCACUUAAUAAGAUUCUGGACCAGUGCUUCUCAGACUAGUUGCUUACACACAGUUUUUGGAAGGUUAUGAUAAUCAAUCAUUUUAAGUGAAAUGUAUUCUCAAGACAGUUUUUCAUGUGUUCGGCACUCCCAUAUUGAUUGGAACACUGUUGUUGUUUUUUUACAUGAUACUGUUUAGAUGCAGUGCUUUAAAACUUGGUAAUGUCCAUUACUCGUGUGGUUGUACAUCUGCCAAUUGCAGGGUCGCUGAGAGCUCGGGUGGGCCCUGAUACUGGAGAAGGGAUAUGUGGGCAUACUCUUUCGACUUUCCUUUUAAAAUGCUCUUUGUAACAAUGAGCAUCAUUUAAGUUUACAGGACACUGAUGGUUUAUACAGUGCUGUUUAUCUUGUUACCCUGGGACUACACUUCUGGGAACACAGCAUCUUCAACCCCCAAGGCGAAUUUCUAACCAAAGCAUUUCAUUUAUAUGGAUAUUCUUUUGUUUUAGUCAGCAGGAUAAAUCAUACAGCAUAUACACUUUAAUGGUCAGUAUAUAAAGCAGAGUUUCUCAAACUCUGCCAUUACCAGUCCAGGUUUUAAGGAUAUCCAUGCUAGAGUCCAGGUGUUAAAAUCAAAUUGACUGAGGUAUUAAUUCAUCUGUGCUCAAGCAUGGAUAUCCUUAAAAACUGGACUGUAAUGGCGGAGUUGGGAAACUCAGAUAUAAAGUGUAUGCUCCUAUUUUUACCCACGAUUGGGUUUGCAUCAGCACGUGCUUUUGUUGCUUUUUAUCCAAUACCGGCAUCAGCUGCUUUGUCUACUCUACAGUAAAGACAGAAUAUAAAAUCCAAUACACAAUUUUCCAAAUGACAUGUUAUUUAUGACAAUUAUGCAGAAAUAAAGAAUUUGGAUGAGAGUUCAUUGCUCUUUGAAUAAGAUUGUGAAAUUAUGCAAAUCCCCUGGGUAGACCCUAAUACAGACAUUCCCAACCUUGGUCCUCGAGGCACACUACCAGUGCAGGUAUUAGUGAUAUCCAGGCUUAAGCACAUGUGGCUAAAUCAAAACAACUGAGGUACUAAUUAAGUCACCUGUGUUCAAGCAUGGCUAUCACUAUGGGGGUCAUUCUGACCUGGUCGCAUGCUACUGUUCAUCGCAGCGCAGUGAUCAGGUCAGAAGUGCGCAUGCGCCGACGCCACAGUGCGCCGGCGCAUGCCAGACAGCCGAAGCCUGUCGUUGCCCUGCGAUCGCCUCUGCCUGAUUGACAGACAGAGGCGUUUGCAGGGCGGGAGGGGGCGGCACGGCGGCGUUUGGUCAUCGUUUUGUGGGCGUAGUCCGGCCAAAGCAGGAGUGGCCGGACCAUGGGGGGGGGCGGCCCGCAGUGGCUGUGUGACAUCACACGCAGCCACUGCGACCAUCACAACGACGAGUAACUCCCUGCCAGCACGCAGGAGCUGCGCUGGUAGGUAGGGAGUUACUCUUCAAGUACAAAAACAUUGCCGCUGUGCAAUGCUUUUGUACUUGUGCGGGGGGGCGGGCCUUACAUGCGGGGUGGACUAGCCCUGUGCUGGACGUCCCCCCGCAUGUCAGUGUGGAUGAUCGUAGCUGUGCUAAAUUUAGCACAGCUACGAUCAACUGAAUUACCUCCUAUGACCUGGCCUGUCAGUGUGCUUUGAGGACCGAGGAUGGGAAUGCCUGCCUUAAUAUGAUAACUUUAUAUCCUGUGUUUUCUAUAUACUCUUCUGUGCUGUUUGCUUAAACUGACAGAUCCUUUACGUAUACAGCAUACCCUGUCUGCUUGCACAUACAUUAAUUCUGUUUGUUUGAUUGGAACAGGAAAAGCUGUUGUCCCACACUACUCUUGGAGAGGAGCAGUGACAAGUAAAACAUCAUAGUUAAUCUUAAUUUAUUGAUCUACACCUAAUACUAGAUUUGAUAUUUCUUAUGAUGUUCUUUUAUAGGGACAUUUCCGAUCCUUGAGUAAGGUAUAGGCUAACUGAAGAUUUACCAAGUGUGCCCAAUAAUAAUUAAAAUAUUAUUAUUUUUUUGUCUUGUAAGUGCGAUAUAAUUUUUGACAAUUUCACGCAAAUCUAUCUGUAUGUUAAAACGUUUUUGUACUAUAUGUUUGUAUAGUUUACAUUACAAUGUGUCAUUUUUACUACACAUCAGUAAACUGGAUCUUAGCUGAAUUUAAGGUUAAGAUUUGAAAUAGUGUUUUCAAAUAUUUCAAAAAGACGAUCAUAAUAAUAAUUUAAAAAUAAUAAAUCAGUACCCUGAAAUCA